AUGGAUAAAAAGUUGGAAAAGAUCUUUCAGAAAUUGGAGUAUAGUGAUCGCACUCUAGAGCGAACAAUGGAAAUUGCGGAGGAAAAUGAUCAAAUUUUGCAAGACCUGUUUGCUCGCAUGGAUUCUGAGAAAAAAGAGGUCAUUUAUAUCAGUAGUAACAAUAGCAGUAGUAAUAGUAGCAUUUAUGACUUGACCAGCAGUCCUGUUGAAGCCCAAGCCUUCUCACACCAAAGUAGCAGCCGUAGUAGUAGCUGUUCUGUCGAGACACAACAAAGUACUGAAACUCUUACAUUUCCGCGACCACAACGAGAUAACAAGACGGUAAAGCAAAACGAGGCGGUGGCCAUACUAGAUAAACUCAACAAGAACAAGCAUAAAUUAACUGGAAGUGAUCUUUUCGAGCUAUUUGGGGAGGCAACUACGGUGCUUGUGCAAGGAAUAUUUGUAAGCAAGAAGAGGCAGUUGCCCAGAUGGUACAAAUUCCCAAAGAGCGAGAAGAAUAGACUUGUAAAGAUUAUUAGUAAGAUUGUGUUGGAUUACUUUAGCAUUGAUCUUUCUCGCUUUGAAAAUGAUUGGUUCGUCUUGUUUUUGAUAAAACAGGCAUAUGAAACUGAAAGGAGAGAGUCUCACACAUAA